AUGAGGUUGAUAUAUCAUGUAUACUGGUCUAUAUUGGACCUUUUUUUAUGGUACAUAAUCCCAGCUUCUCAUUUAGACCAUUUAGGUUGUAAAUUGAAGGGAUUAGAGCUCAUUGGGGCGGAGAACCUUGGAGAUGUAUUAAUAGGGGCUGUGCUACCAAUUCAUUUUGAUAUGGAGCUGCCCAAAGUCUCUUUUAUGGAAUCACCACCACAAGGAUCCUGCAAAAUGUUCAGUGCUGAAAUGUUCCAGCAUUUCCAUGUUAUGAGAUAUACUGUGGAUGAGAUUAACAGAAGGAAUGAUCUCCUUCCUAACCUUACGCUAGGUUUUCAUAUAUUUGAUUCAUGUACAUGGCUUCAGCUAGAACUUGAUUCAACUUUUAGAUUAUUAACGGGCUAUAACAAGGGUAUACCCAAUUACUCUUGUAGAGAAAGACCUCCAUUGCCUGUAAUAAUUGGACAUUCUUUAUCUACCUUCUCUAUUCUGAUGGCUUAUAUACUGGGACUGUACAAAUACCCACAGAUCAGCCACUUUUCAACUAGCUUCCUGCUGAGUGACAGGACUCAGUUUCCAUCAUUCUUUAGGACUGUACCUAGUGAUGUUUUUCAGUCUCAAGGACUAGCAAAACUAGUGUUGCAUUUUGGAUGGACUUGGAUUGGAUUGGUUGCUUCAAAUAAUGACUAUGGACAGCAAGGAAUUCAGGUUAUUAAAAAUGAAAUUCUUAAUGCUGGAGCUUGCGUAGCCUUUACAGAAUAUAUUAUGACCAAUCGUUUGGACAGAAAUGUGCCACACAUUGCAAAGGCUAUUAAACAUUCAACAGCCAAGGCAAUAGUUGUCUUCACUACAGAAUCUGAUUUGGUAUUUCUAUUGGAUGAAAUGCUGAAACAGAAUGUGAAGGGAAAGAUAUUUGUAGCCAGUGAAGCUUGGUCCACCUUAUCUAUGUUGUUAGUGGACAAAUAUACUCCCCUACUGUCUGGUGCUAUUGGCUUUUCUUUCUAUAGUUCAAAAAUCCCAAAUUUUGAAGGAUAUUUUAACAACAUAAAUCUCUUUGAUACUCUUGGGCAAUCUUGGAUGAAAAUAUUCUGGGAAAAUGUUUUUGGGUGCAAAUUAUUUGACAAUAGUCCAUGGGAGAAUUUUACAAAGUUAUGUACUGGAAAUGAAGAUCUUAACAGUCUUCAAUCAAGCUUUAAUGAUGUAUCCAACCUAAGAAGUGCAUAUAGUUUAUAUACAGCAAUACAUGUCAUUGCCAAAGCUUUGCAUGAUUUGCAAACUUGCCAAGAUGAAAGUGGACCAUUUUAUAAUAGAAGUUGUGCAGAUUCUGAAUAUUUUAAGCCAUGGCAGCUAUUAUAUUACAUUCAGAAUGUGAAGUUGAAGCUGAGCAAUGAUAGAGAGGUCUUCUUUGAUAAAAAUGGUGACCCACCUGCAAUAUACGACAUUGUGAAUUGGCAACUGGGUGCAGAUGGCAUGUUGCAACAUGUCAAGGUUGGAAGCUAUGAUACGACACUUGCUGAUAGAAAAUUAGUCAUCAACAACAGUGCAGUGAUGUGGGAUUCUAGGUAUGGCCAGGCUCCUACCUCUGUCUGCAAUGAGAAUUGUCCCUCAGGUUUCAGAAGGGUAGUUAUAAGGGGUGCACCCAUCUGUUGCUUCCGAUGUGUUCCAUGUCCCCCAGAAGAGAUAUCCAACCAGACAGGCUCAGUCGAUUGUAUCAAGUGUCCAAAAGAUAAGUGGCCAAAUCAGGAGAAAGAUAAAUGCCUCCCAAAGAUAAUUGAAUUCCUUUCCUUUGAAGAUACAUUGGGGGCUACACUAGUCGCUAUCAGCAUCACCUCUUCUAUGGUUCCAGUUUGCAUCUUUGGACUUUUUAUUUUUUACAAAGCUACUCCUAUAGUCAGAGCAAACAAUUACUAUCUCAGCUGUAUUUUGCUGGUUUCCUUGACUCUUUGCUUCCUCUGCUCUUUGGCUUUCAUUGGUUACCCAAAACCUUUGACAUGUCUUCUGCAGCAGGCAGCAUUCGGUGUGGCCUUUGCCCUUUGCAUCUCAUGUAUCUUGGCCAAAACCAUUAUGGUUGUUUUUGCAUUCAUGGCCACCAAACCUGGAAGCAGGCUUAGAAAAUGGGCCAGCCCUUACUUCUCCUACAUGAUCAUUGCAUUAUGCUCUUUCUUACAACUCCUGUUAUGUAUAUGCUGGUUAUUCUUCUCUCCCCCUUUUGUAGAAUAUAAUACUCAAACUGAACCUGGGCUCAUCAUAAUGGAAUGCAAUGAGAAUUCUACCACUGCCUUCUGGUGUAUGCUGGGAUAUCUUGGCUUCCUGGCUAGUUUUAGCUUUAUUGUUGCCUUCUUGGCCAGACAUCUCCCAGACAGCUUUAAUGAAGCAAAAUUCAUCACUUUCAGCAUGUUGGCCUUUUUAUGCGUUUGGACGUCCUUUAUCCCAGCCUCCCUUAGUGCACGUGGCAAGUACAUUGUGGCAAUGGAGGUUUUUGCCAUCCUAUCUUCUAGCUGGGCUCUUGUGGGCUGUAUGUUUGUGCCAAAGUGUUUCAUCAUAUUGUUCAAACCCAGCAUGAAUUCAAAGGAACAUCUAAUGGGGAAAAUAUCUGCUUUUCUAAGUGGAACAUACUGUGGAUAUCAUAAAGCAGUAUGCAACUUUCAUUUCCAUGCAUAUGAUUUGGAAGAGUAA